UGAUUAUUAUUUUUAGUCAAAAUGAGUAUAUGUUAAUAUAUGUAUUUUUUGCAAUAUAAAUUCAAUUUUUUUGCCAUAAUUAUACUAACACCGAAUAAACGUGCCCUAGAUAAUUUUGAUAUCUGUACAACAUUAGAUGUAUCUUGUCCAUCACUAUCAGAUUUGGAAGAUAGUUAAAUCUAGCAUAAGGACUCAAACUACUGCAUAGUUAGGUGUAAAGCUGAUAAAAAUAGAGUAUGUGCAGUAGGCUGAUACUGGCUUCCAUUGAUAUAUAUUCAGUACGUGUUUAAAUUUGAAACAGUGGCAUGGAGCUACUGGAUCAUAAGAGAAUAUGCUCUUUCUGAGGCCCUAAGUGGUCAGCCUAUGUGCAUUGCCCAAUAGAAACUGCUGUAACCUCAGCAUGGACUGAGUACUCGGAAGAGGGCUCACCCAGGUCACUGUUGGUCGCUGACUCCUGGUAGCUUUACUAAAUGCUGUGAAGAUGUGAUUGAGGUGGCGAAGGAGGCUAGGAAGAGGAACCUGGGCCCCCUUCACCCCACCUUCAACCUGGUCAAGGUGAUGAAGUCACGCCUGAAUCGUGACCUGCCCUCUGACGCACAUGUCCUGGCUUCGGGGCGGCUGUGUGUUUCGCUGACCAGAGUGUCUGAUGGGGAGAAUGUGCUGGUGUCUGAGUUUAACUCCAAAGAGGAACUCAUUCAGGCGCUGAUCUGUAGUUGUUUCAUCCCCAUCUACUGCGGGCUGAUUCCUCCAUCCUUCAGAGGAGUGCGUUACGUGGAUGGUGGGAUCAGCGAUAACCUGCCACAGUCGGAGUUGAAGAACACCAUCACCAUUUCUCCAUUUUCUGGUGAGAGCGACAUCUGUCCCCGCGACAACUCCACAAGCUUUCAUGAGCUGCGCUUCACCAACACCAGCAUCCAGAUGAACCUGGGCAACAUGUACCGCCUCAGCAGAGCCCUGUUUCCACCAGAACCAAAGGUACUGGCUGAGAUGUGUCAGAACGGUUAUAAGGAUGCUCUGCGCUUCCUUGAACAGAACAACCUGCUGAUGCUGGAGCUUCCAACCCCUGGCCCCACCCUGCAAGAGAGCACCCCCAUCUGCUGCUGUGAGCAUACUGAAACGACCAAAGAGUGGGUGCUCCGGAGGCUCCGCUUACUGCGUAAACAGCACUGGUGGCUGGAUAAGCAGAUCGUUCUGCCUAUGCCAAUCAAGAAAGUGUUCUGCGAGGCCUGCCAAGACAAACCUGGCCUGUAUGCCAAGGUGUCUGAAAUGCUACCAGUGAGAGUGGCUUCCUACAUGCUCAUGCCAUACACACUUCCUGUACAGUCGGCCUAUUCAGUGGCCCAGAGGCUUGUGGAGUGGAUCCCAGAGGUGCCAGCUGAUGUACGCUGGCUGUUUGGAAUGGCUGGAGAUGUGUACCGACUGGCCUGGAAAGGAGAACAAACCAACACAAUCAGUGAGCCAAUCCUGAGGAAAUGCUUGAGCGUGCCGCCUCUACCCACAGAGUGGGACAAGCCCAUGCAGAGAGAAAACCUGCCUGCUCUUUCCUCCCUGGACCUCCACGGCAACUACUGGGAGACUUACGAAUCUACCUCCUCUUCCUCCGCCUCAUCCCACCACAACGAUAAUCCUCACAUUGCCCCUUCCUCUCCACAACAAAUCUGCUUCUUUGUCAGCUCACAGGAUGAACCUCUCAGCCAUGUACAGCAGUAAAAUGAUUCAGGACUUGCACUUUUAACAAUUAUGUGAUAAAAGUCAACACUCUCUCUGUGAGGAGCUGGUGGACUGAUAAGUAGUUAAAAGUCUGAACCAAGAAAGAAUGGUAUCUAAAUGUUUCAAGAAAACACACAUUUGUCACAUUGACUCUGGGCAAUAUGAAGUGUAUUAUAUUUUAAUGAGUGUUCUGGAAGACAGCAUUGCAACUCACUCAGGAUCAUGGAUGUGUUUUUUGAACUGUCUUGAUGGUACAGAACAGAAAAGUUUUACGGUCUAAAUACAACCCCCCCUAUUUGUUUAAAAUGUAUUCAAAAGUAGCAUUCAUUCCUCAUUCCAGUGUAGUUAAUUGAGUCAAGAAUUCCUUGUCUCUCCACAAGUGUCUCUUUCUAUCUGUCUGUUUGCCAUUUUGAUCAUGUCUGUUAAUUUUCACAGUUGUGUGAUAUCUCCAAAAAAAUGCGUGUGAUAUCUCCAGGCUCUGUGUAAUGGCUUUUAGCUGACAUGAUGCUGCUUCUGGCAACCAUAUUUGAGGUCUGUUGGCCGCAUUUCUAAACAUAAUUAAUCUUCCUAAAAAUGAGUAAUCUGUGUGCUGUUUUUAACAAAGAAGUAAUUUUUCCACAAAUCUGACAAGUUUUAUUUUUAGAAAGUAUUCACUUGUUAGCUAGCUAAACACAUUUAGGUUCUGGUCAGCUAAGUAUUACUUUCUUCUGAAUUGUGAUUAAAAUUCUGGUAUUUCUUAGCCAACCCCAAGUGUUUGGCCUUGUUUCCCCUCCUGAGAAGUGGUUUAGAAACUGCUACUUGUCCUCUGAGACCACUACAAGACAGCCUUCUUUUGACAGUACUUUUGCUGAUUGGAGUCUUGCGUCCUUUAUUUAGCAAAUUCUGUAUCUGUGAUGAAGUUGCUUUUCUAUCUUUCAGGGAACUAAGCUUGAUGUUAGGGCACGGAAUGGGGGGGCAUUAUUGUUUCACUGUUAAGCCAGCAGCGAAGGUAGUCACAGAGCUGAAUCGUCUGUGUAAAAGGGAGAGCCGGCAUGGUAGGACAGAUGCCAAUGCUGUUGUAUUACACAUCAUACCUCUGAUUCCGGAAUGCCAGAAUGCUACAUAAAAUCACAAUCUGGGACAGUAUUAUGCCAGCCUUGUUUCCAAAAAAAAAGUUGCAUGGGUUUUCACGUUUUCCAGACGAUUCAAUCACACAGCCCGAUAACGAAGCCUGUGGUGAAUCUUCUUCUUUUUUCCGGAAGACUAGGUACGGUUUAGUGCAUUGCUUCCUCCAAUUGGUGCAGUUAUAUCAUUGCCACUUUAGAUUUCUGAGGGCUCUACCAGUCAGCACAGAAUAGUCAAAAUCCAUACCGUAAGGCAAAUUCAUACUGUACUUUUCUGUACCGUUUAUCGUGUCCAUCCGAUGUAUUGAUCCUCCAAAGGUCUGUUUACUUGUGGUCUGCCUGAUCGUGCUUUGGAUAAGACUGAUCCAGUUACUGCAAAAAGUUCUAGAGGUCCAUGCACUGCCCCCUUAGAAGCCUUUAGUCUAGCCAUUGCUUAGAAUUGCAAUUCAUUCAUUUUUUCCUGCUAUCAUAAUGCUACCUACUAAGCAAUGAUCUGCUUGAAGCUUGAGCUACAGCCUUAUUUAUAACAGGUGAAGACUAGCUGCAAGUCGAGUUACAGGUUGAGUGUCACCUGAACGCAUGCUUCAGUGGAAGGGAUACAACCCAAGGAAAUCUGAGCUUUGUAUGAAGGAGUUAAGUUUUUGCUUAAAAUUGAUUGCUGACCUAGAAGUAGUGCAGAAUCUUAAAGACAUAACAAGACAUAACUUCUUGUGUUUUUAAAUGUUUCUGAAUCCUCAGACUUUGUGAUUAUUUCCAGAGUUAAUGUGUAUGUUUACAUACAGUAUAUAUAGUUUUGUUUUGCUUUCUUCUUGUUCUUAUGUAUUGUGGAGAAAUAUGAAAAGCAUUCAUAUUUAAGCAAAUAUAUUCUACUGAAAAUAAAAUGUGAAUGAGAGAAAGAAAAGAAAAUAAUGCUAGGACCUCUUUUAGCCAACAAGGAAGGAAAAGAACCUGGCUCGUCUCUGGACAGUUUACCUAUCAGGCUGCUCUGCUGUUUAAAGUGCUUUCUAAAAUGUAUAAUCUGUGUUUUAAUCACUAU